AUGAGUUCCAAACUGCAAACAUUGAUCCUUGUCUUAGUCUUAACAAUAUCCUCAUUCACUAUCAAAGCAUCACCAACCGAUGCCGGCAUUGCCAUCUACUGGGGUCAAAACCUAGGAGACGGCUCUUUGUCCUCAACAUGUGACACUGGAAACUACAAGAUUGUACUCUUAGCUUUCCUCAAUGUCUUUGGAUCAGGAAGAACUCCAAGCUGGAACUUCGCCGGACACUGCGGUGACUGGAGUCCAUGCACAAAACUCGAACCCGAAAUAAAAUACUGUCAACAGAAAGGUAUCAAAGUUUUACUUUCCAUUGGAGGUGCUUCUGGAAGUUACUCCCUUAGCUCACCAGAUGAUGCUAAAGUUGUCAGUGAUUAUCUUUAUACGAACUUCCUUAGUGGCCAAUUUGGUCCACUUGGAAGUGUUACCUUAGAUGGUAUUGAUUUUGAUAUUGAAGGAGGUUCAAAUCUUUAUUGGGAUGACCUUGCUAGGUAUCUUGACAAUCUAAGACAAAACAACAGGUACUUUUACUUGGCUGCUGCACCACAAUGUUUUAUGCCAGAUUACUAUCUAGACAAAGCUAUCAAAACGGGCCUGUUUGAUUAUGUGUUUGUUCAGUUCUACAAUAACCCUCCAUGUCAAUAUGAUAUAGCAAAUUCUGAUGCUACUUUGCUCUUACAAUCAUGGAAAGAUUGGACAUCGUUGGUUCUACCAUAUAACACGGUGGUUUUCAUGGGAUUACCAGCAGCACCUGAUGCAGCUCCUAGUGGUGGUUAUAUCCCACCAAAUGAUCUCCUUUCUAAGGUUCUUCCUUACAUUAAAGGUACUUCUAACUAUGGAGGAGUUAUGCUUUGGGAUAGGUUUCAUGAUGUUGGAAGUAAUUACAGCAAUCAGAUAAAGGAAUAUGUUAAACAAUCUGCUCUUCAAUUAAUGACACAAGUUUCCGAAGCAAUAGUCGGCUCUGUCUCGGCAGCUUUGAAAGCCGUUUUGCUAAAUUAA